UUCAAUGGAACACAACGUGCUAUUUAAACUACGAUUAAUUAACAAACAUAAAACGUAUUUCAAACUUUAUUCCCAAAACGAUUCAGUGUAAUUUCCAAUGUGAAAGAUAAUUUAAUUUUAAUGUACGAAAACGGUGUGGAUUUUAACGCUUUCAGGGCAGUGUUGGUCGGUAAAGCGUUGAUGAUACAUGUUAUUGAGAAAAUUUAUAAUAUUAUGAUCGUAUUUACCGUGUCAAGUUUUGACGUGACCAAAGAAAUUGAUAACAGAGUUUAUUGGAAGGACUUGUUAGCUGUAUUGGCAGUAUGCCUUCCAUUCUUGACCUUCGGCAUAGCGACAACACUCCUCUCUUUAUCGACAGUCGGUGAAACAAUUUGGAACCAAACCGGUCUGAUAAUUGGAGCAGCCGUAUCAGGUCCUGUGAUGUGUUACGUCAUAGACAAAUGUGGAAGGAAAAUCGGGAUUUUCAUAGUUUAUUUAGUGCAAGGUACAACAUGCAUCCCCCUCUUUUUGAUACCAAGCACGGCCAGUGUCUUAACUCUGCACAUCCUCACUGGCAUAUCAUCUGGAGGUCUUUUCACGGUCCUACCAAUUUACUUGCUGGAAACCUUCCCGACGAAGAUCAGAGCAUCAGCUCUAGCACUAACAACAGUGAUGGUAUCUACCGGGCUGUUGAUGAAGUUGGCGAUGAGCGAGGAGGCGUUGAUGUUGGCUAUGGUCGCUUUGGUGAUGAUUGAAAUAAUGACGUUGUCGAUUAUGGUGGAGUCGCCGAGUUAUUUGGUGAUUGUUGACAAAAUUGAGGCUGCCGAAAGUGCUGUAGCGAAGCUAAAAUAUACAACCAAAGAUGGACCAGCAGUUAAACAUGAAGUGAACAUGUUGAAACAAGAGAGUGAAAGAGCCAGGGCUAAUGGAAAAAUAACAUUGUAUAGUUUUUUCAAAAACCGGAUUUGGUUGGACAUAACAAAAAUUGGCAUCAUGCUCUUCACGAUCAAAGAGUUAUGUGGAAGCAUCAUCUUCCUCGAUCAGGACAAGACGCUGCUCCAGCUGGGUCUACCUUCAGACCCUGACAGGAUGCUGGUGGUGACAGCAUGGUGCGCCGGUUGUAUAUUCUGUUUGGUCUUCGUUAGUUUUGUAGAGAGGAGGUACCUCCUUACCUUCGGCUACGUAGUGAUGGUAUUAUCAAUGGGAGUACUAGGAGUUUACACACAAGCUGACCUGACGGUGAAGACUCUGAGGUGGCUGCCUGUGGCUGUACUACCUAUUUUGGUGUUCGGUUACGGCGUGACGUGGGGAAUGCCAACUAUUAUAAUGGUGGAGAUGUAUAACUUGGAGAUCCGAGCCACACUAAUCGGAGUACUGUACGCAUAUUCAGAAAUUGUGAAACUAGCCCACGUACACACCUUCAAAUACAUUGAAGAUUACAUGGGAACGUACACCGUGUUCUACAUAUUCGCGUGUGUGAACCUUUUUGCAGGGGUGUACGCUUUGUUCGCGAUACCAGAUAUAAAAAAUAAGAGUGUUAGACAGAUUGAAAGGCAAUUGAAAAGGAUACCGAUUUUGAAGUGAUAAAAAAUAUAUAUAAAAUUGAUGCAUU